AUGAUUCCUGGGAAAACAAUCCAAAGGGGGAUUCAUUUAUGUCCCGCACUGUCCAAAGGACGUUAUCAGUACUACAACAAACAUUUGAAAGUCGAAGAUCCCAAAGUUCAAGAUCCAAAGUAUUUUGACAAUAUUGUUGAUUCUCUUCCACUUGGUAGGUAUUUGUUAUACAUAGUUGGAUCGUGGUGAUUCUACGUAGAUUGAGUGGCACCAAUAUCAUGUUCGAAAAAUUUAUGGUAACGUUUUUCUCUGUUGCAGAUAAGUUUUACAUCGAUAAUUUGAAGAACUUGUGGACGAAAAAGAUUGGAUAUGAAAGGGAACUGAUGAUGAAGGCCUCUGAUAAAUUGAUUGGACGGGAAAGUGGUGAUUACGCUCUUCCGGACGUUGAUAAAACCAAGCCUCGCCUAUCCUACCGAAAUGUUGAUGCGUUGCGAGAUGCUCCCGAAUCCGUCAAGAAGAUAUUUAGUAUAGACUUUGGCAAACGAAGUGAUCUCUCUGUCGUGUGGAAGAAAGAGAUGGUGGAUCAAGUAAAGGUCAACCACUACGACAAGUCCUCAUUGCAAGCUAAGAGUAAGUUAGAAGUUUUUAUCGCUUUAUUGCACAACCUGAUGUCUGUUUAACGAUUACUUUUCAGUUGCUUUGUUCACGGCGUUGAUUAGACAUUACACGGCAUUGGUGGAUGAGCUACAGUCCAGAAAUCCCAAAAAACCUGUUUUUCUAACACAAAAAAUAUUUUUGCUACUUGGCCAGAGGAGGAAACACCUUCGUUUUCUCCGAGAACAAGACUCUGAAGCGUUCGAGAAGAUUCUGGCCGACUUGAAAAUCUCGUUUCAAAUUGAGAAACCCCCAGAGCACCGUAAGACACGAAAGGAAUGGUCAGAAUUCAAGCUGAAGCAAAGAGUAGAAGCUGAGAAGGAACAAAUGUUAGAAGAACUGAGAGAACAGUUCGAAGAAAAAAGAGUCAGCCGGAUCCCAGAACUGGAGAAGAAGCUGUCUGAACUCGACCAAAAAGAAGCCCAGAUUCUAAAUAGGAUCAACGCCCUCAAUCAAAUCGAAGGCAGGAACAUAAAGUCUAAUGGAACGUACGAGAAACAACUCGUCCAGGAGAUGUCCGAAGUCGUUAUGCAUAAUCAAUUGUUAUAUUUUGAUGCUCCCGCAGCUGGAAACUAG